AUGGUGUUCUGUUCUUUUUACCAAGCCUUUUACGAACUGCAUCAGUUGAUGACUGAGGCUGCGGAAAUACUGAACCUUGAGCCUCCUGAUCUAUAUGUACGCCAAAGUCCCUGUACCAAAUGCUAUACUUUGGCAAUAAGUGGGAAAAAGCCAUUUGUAACAACCAAUUUGCAUUGCAAAUCAUGGCCUAUAUUUCAUAUUUGGCUGUUUGGCUCACGAGUUGGACAUCUGAAAUGUGAUCAUGGUGUAUGGCUCACAUUUGCCAAUAUUCUUCUCUUGCGAGCAUAUUACUUUUACCCGGUAGGCAUUUAUUAUUUUCUUAAUUCUAGUUGCGGUAACUUGGGCUAUAUUGUUGUCUACAAUAUUGGACUUGGGUCAGUUGAUGCUCAGGGAGCUUGGAAGAACCAAUUAUUUCGCUGGCUCCGAGCAGCAGAGUUGACUUGUGACCGUGCAGCCCUUCUUGUCGCCAAGAAACCCUAAGGGUGGUCAUCUUCUGUGUUGAUGAAAUUACUGGGGGAAGCCCAUCAGUUGCAGAUUCAACUAAAUGUGGAUGCAUUCUUGGAACAAGCUCGCCCUCUAUUGAACAAAGCCUCUUCAAGUCCAAUGGGAUGGUACAUAAGGUGA